GUGAUGGCGAAAGUUUCUGGGUUCCCCUCAGCGGCGGAGGACGCGACUGUCUGUCGCGCCCUCGGCCAUGAGUGAGCUCGAGAACGAGGGGGGUUCUUUGUCGUCUUUUUCUUCUUCUUCUUCUCGGUCCUUCGCUAGUUCUUGUCCCUCUUUACGCGAUGAACAGCUUUGCGGCCGCCGCGGCGGCGGUCGGGUGCCGGCCGCCGUUCACGGCGACACAGUGGCAGGAGCUGGAGCACCAGGCGCUGAUCUUAAAGUACCUAAUGGCGGGCGUUCCCGUGCCGCCGGAGCUUAUCAUUCCCAUAAGGAGGAGCUUCGAGGCCUUGCCCGGACGAUACUACCACCCUUCGCUGAGUUACUAUUCCUACUAUGGGAAGAAACCGGACCCAGAACCCGGGCGGUGCCGUCGGACUGAUGGAAAGAAGUGGCGCUGCUCCAAGGAUGCAUACCCUGGUUCUAAGUAUUGCGAGCGUCACAUGCACCGAGGCCGCAACCGUUCAAGAAAGCCUGUGGAAUCACAAACUGUCUCCCCAUCUCAGACUUCAUCAUCGACUUUGACAUCCCUCUCUCCCUCUGGAAGCAAUGCCGGCGGAACUGGUGUUGGAAGCCUCCGGAGCAUCACCCUGCAGUCAAUUGCAGGUCCGAGCAAUGCGCAGAAUUCAUGCCUUGGUGGUGGUGCUAGUUCAUCUCGGCUACCGAUGGACACUGACUCUCUUGGCAAUAGGUACUCCUCUGGACUUAAACCUGAUGUGGAUGAGCGUAGUUUCUUUUCUGAAGCUUCUGGCACUGCUAGGGCCCUUGGGGUGGACUCCUCUGUGGACAGCUCAUGGCUCCUGAUGCCACCACAAGCGUCCUCUUUCCCUAUGUCGAAAUCCCAAGACCUUUCCAUUCUGCAUAGUGCUUACUCUCAACUUCAGACGGUGCAAGAUCUUGGGCGGGCUAAGAUGAGCUCACUGUCUAGACAGGAACAGCAGCAACAUUCUUUCUUUGGAAGUGAGUUUGGCUCAUCAGAGCCUGUGAAACAUGAAACUCAGUUCCUCCGUCCUUUCUUUGAUGAGUGGCCCAAGACGAGAGAUGCUUGGUCAGACCUCGAAGAAGAUAGGUCAAACCGGACCUCAUUUUCCACAACACAGCUCUCUAUUUCCAUUCCUAUGGCUGCAUCAGACUUCUCCAGCACCUCUUCCAGGUCCCCUAAUGGGGGGUCUCUAUCCUGAGCCGCAUUUGCAACUCCUGAGGUUCUAGAUUUCAGAGUUUAGUAUUUCCUCUUCUGGAUCUUCAUCCUUGAAUUUUAUCACUGCAGAUGAUCAAGAGAGGUGGGUCCUUCAUGCCUCUGAGCCUUUCUCUGAGGUUAUGAGUUGACAAUCAGACAUCGGCAUCGAUUCAAGGUCUCCUUCAAGGACAUCAGCAAUGCUGGGGCAUUGAGUAGUCCCUUCUGAUGUUGCUUGUAAUUUUGAAGCUGUUGAAGUGCUGUAGUCUGAUACUAAGCAUAUUUGGGCUAAAAACCCCUUUUUCCCUCUAUUCUUUCACAUUAUUUUCUCGUGCCGAACUUCCCGCAGAAUGCAUGCAAGAAUCUUGUAUCUGGCUGGAGCCACAAAUCUGACUUUGCAAGCUUGUUUUUGAACAAUUUAGACUGGUGUUUUCGAUAA